AUGGUGGCGGACUGGGCCCUGGAGCCGUACAUCCCUGGAAGUUAUGAGAAGUACACGACCAAUGGAGCUUUCCUGAGGCCCGACUCGGAGCUUGCGCAAGCUUUCAGCCAUUUUACGUGGCCCUUCUCGCACGGGCGCAUGAUGGUAACGGACAUCCAAGGGGUGCAGGCAACCCUCACUGACCCGCAGAUACAUUCUGACGCGCGCUGUUUUGGCCGGGGCAAUGUCGGCACCGACGGCAUGGACCGUUUUCUCAUGGCGCACAAGUGCGGCGAAACGUGCAAACACUUGAAUGUCAAGGCAAAUCCUGUGCAACUGGUCGGUGGACAUGCACCGUUGCAGACUUCGCCUGUUACAUGCACCUGCACUGGUUGGUGGACAUGCACCUGCACUGGUUGGUGGACAUGCACCGUUACAGAAGCUUCUUCGCUUCUGUUGCUUCUGUUCCGCAAGCUUCUGUCCCGCAAGUGGCUUGAGAGUCAGUGCACUUUUUUAUGGGCGGCAAAAGUUUUUGGAGGACAUGAAUUACCCGCUGGCCAGCGCUGCACGCAUGAACAGACUUCGAAGAGCCCAGCUGCUGCUCCAGAGGCGGUGGUCGCGGAGGUUGUGACCGACUCUUCUGCCAGGAUUUGCUGGCGCGAGGCAGCCCUCCAGUCCCAGGAUGCAUGUACAGGAUGUCGUGUUCAAGUUUGGGGCCCGCAGGAAACGCUACACUUUCAGCAGACUUGCCGUGGUGGCAAGGCAGAUGUCGAGGGUUUGUGCGCCAACACCGCCUACAAGGUGAACGUCGCCUGGAUGGUCGGAGGCCAGCCGGGCAAGGCCACCACCUUGACGUUCUCAACCCUGGCCGCCAAAGCGACGUACACCCCGCGCGAGGAUCCAGUGCAGCAUCUUUGCGACGGCAAGUGCGGCACGUUCGUGGAAUUGCGUCCUGGUGAUAAGUACUUGCGCCAGCGUUCGGCAGGCAUCUACUGCACGGGGUGCCAGGAGAAGGUGGAGUCGACGAUUUGCCAGAAGUCGUGUGCAAGGCACAGCGACGGGUGCCGCAACUGUGUCCUGUACUCCGUCUUCCAGCUCGAGUGCCGCGGCGACGAGGUGCCCGUUCUCUGCGGGGCGUGCAGCGCCAGGGUCUGA